AUGUGCCACCUGGGUCCCAGAGACAUCGCGUCGCUCGCCAUGUCGUGUCGGCGGUUCCGCCAGCUCGCGGUCAGCCAGGACGUGUGGCAGCGCGCGUGCCAGCACGUGUGGGGCGCGGAGGCGACCGCGGCGGUGCAGGCGCAGGCGACGGUGGGGUGGAAGACGGAGGAGGAGGAGGCGGCGGAGGAGGUGGUGCGACGAGGGCGGUAUGCGUGGCACGGGAAGAUGGCGGCACGUCCCCGUCGCGGGUUCCGCGCCCCCCGGCGCUGGGGGCACACGCUGUCGUGCGUCAACGGGUCGGGGCUGGUGGUGUUCGGCGGGUGCGGGCGCGAGGGAUUGCUGAACGACGCGUUUCUGUUGGACCUGGACGACAAGCAGCCCAAGUGGCGGGAGGUCGUGGUGGGGGAGGAUGCCGGGAGUAGCAGUGGUGCUGGCGCUGGGGACGGGGGGACUGGUGGGGAGGGCAGGGGUAGCGCGAGGGGGAAUGCUGUCCUGGGGGAUGGGUUGGUGUUGAGAAGCGGUGGAGACGCGCGGGCAGCUGCGGAAGCAGCAGAGGAUGGAGAGGGAGUUGGGUCCAAGCUUGUCGUGUCCGGCGGCUGUACCGCGUCCGGUCGCCUGCUCUCCGACACCUUCCUUCUCGAUCUCGCGCACAACCCGCCGUCGUGGAAGGAGAUCCGCGUGGCGUGGGCGCCGCCCGCGCGCCUGGGGCACACGCUCUCCGCGCUGGGCGGGCGCAAGGUGCUCAUGUUCGGGGGGCUGGCGACGAGCGGCGCGCUGCGCCUGCGGUCGAACGACGCGUUCACCAUCGAUCUUGCCGACGAGCACCCCAACUGGCAGACCGUAUACCUGCUCGACCCGGGGGAAGAGAAGCCGCGGUGGCGGGAGCUGGCGUUUCCGGGGCAGCAGCCGCGGAUAGCGUGGGGGCACAGCACGUGCGUGGUGGGGGGAACGAAGGCCGUGGUGCUGGGCGGGCAGACGGGCAAGGAGUGGGUGCUCAACGAACUGCACGAGCUCUCGCUGCUCAGCGCCGCUGCCAUGACGCCCCCUGCUCGUGUUCUGCGGGACGAGGAUGGCGGGGAGGCUGGGGGGGGUGCGAGGCAGGAGGGGAAUGCGGAAGAUGGUGGUGGUGGGGAGAUGCGGAGGCUGGAGGGGAGCGGCGAGGAGGGGAGGGCAGGGGAAGGGGCGCGUGUGGAGGAAGGGGCAGGGGAGGAGGGUGUGGUGGUGGCACAGGGUCAUGUGGCAUCGGCGUCUAACCCAGGAUAG